GAGGCCGGGAGAAGAAGGGCGAAGUCGGGUUUCGGCUUCGGCUCCGCUCGUGUCCCUCCGGCUCCGGCGGCGAGGGGCCUUCUGGGAAGUGUAGUCCGACGGCGGCCGCGCAGGCGCACUGCGGCCGGCGGGCCUAGCGGGCGCGGGUCAUUGUCCUGCAGAGCGGCGCGCGGCCGUCUCGGCCCGCAGGCCCGCCCUCCCGUCCCCGUCGCUGUGGGCAGUGAAGGGAUGGCCGCCCAGCUGCUGACGGACGAGGCCCUGGAGUCAGUGACCUUCAGGGACGUGGCUGUGGACUUCACCCAGGAGGAGUGGCAGCAGCUGGAGCCUGCCCAGAAGGCCCUGUACAGGGAUGUGAUGCUGGAGAACUACAGGAACCUGGUCUUGCUGGACUGGGAGACUAGACCUGAAAUGAAAGAAUCAGAUCCAAAGGAGGACAUUGUGGAGGACAAACCACGCUGUGUGGUGGUCAAGGAAAGACCUACAAAGAAUGGUGCAUGGUGUUCUACCUUAGAAGGAGCAUGGAAACAGGGUGACUUGUUGGAGAAGCAGCAGGGAAAUGCAGAAACUCAUUUGGAUCAAUUGGAAAUCUCCCAUGAGAACAAACUCCAUGGGGAGUUAGAUCCUGAAUGUAGUGAAUUUAUGGCAUUUAUCAACCAAAAUUCUACUCUGGUUCCACCAAGGUUGGAAGAUGCAACAGAAAUGGAGACCCAUGCAUUUGUCAUGCAUGGAAAGAACUUCUCAAGCAAUUCAGACUUAAAUAAUGCCCCCAAACUCUACAUAGAGAAGAAAUCCUAUGACUGUAAUGAGUGUGGAAAGGCUUUCAGCCGAAGCUCAUCCCUGAUAAAACACCAAAGGAUUCACACAGGAGAGAAGCCAUUUGAGUGUAACAUCUGUGGAAAACACUUCAUUGAACGGUCAUCCCUCACCAUUCAUCAUAGAGUCCACACUGGAGAGAAGCCCUAUAAAUGCAAUGACUGUGGGAAAGCCUUCAGCCAGCGCAUGAACCUCAUUGUACAUCAGAGAACUCAUACUGGAGAGAAGCCGUAUGUGUGCAAUGUGUGUGGGAAAGCCUUCCGAAAGACCUCAUCCCUCACUCAGCAUGAGAGAAUCCACACUGGAGAGAAACCUUACACUUGUGGAGACUGUGGGAAAGCCUUCAGCCAGAACAUGCAUCUCAUUGUGCAUCAGAGGACACACACUGGGGAGAAACCCUAUGUAUGUAAUGAGUGUGGGCGAGCUUUUAGCCAAAAUAUGCAUCUGACCGAACAUCAGAGGACUCACACUGGAGAGAAACCCUAUGAAUGUAAGGAAUGUGGGAAGGCCUUCAAUAAGAGCUCAUCCCUUACCCUCCAUCAGAGAAAUCAUACGGGAGAGAAACCCUAUGUGUGCAAUGAGUGUGGAAAAGCUUUCAGCCAGAGUUCAUACCUUAUACAGCACCAACGGUUUCAUAUUGGGGUGAAGCCCUUUGAAUGUAACGAGUGUGGGAAGGCCUUCAGUAAGAACUCAUCACUCACUCAGCAUCAGAGGAUUCAUACUGGGGAAAAACCCUAUGAGUGUUACAUUUGCAAGAAGCACUUCACAGGACGCUCCUCUCUCGUUGUACAUCAGAUAGUCCAUACCGGAGAGAAACCCUACAAAUGCAAUGAAUGUGGGAAAUCCUUCAGCCAGAGCGCAUACCUCAUCGAGCACCAGAGAAUUCAUACUGGAGAGAAGCCCUAUAAAUGCAACGAGUGUGGAAAGUCCUUCAUCAAGAACUCUUCGCUCACAGUCCAUCAGAGAAUUCACACUGGAGAGAAACCUUAUAAAUGCAGUGAAUGUGGCAAACUCUUCUGCUACUACUCCUCCUUCAGGGAACAUCAGAUCAUCCAGAGUGGGGAGAAACCAUUUCUCUGUAAUGAAUGUGGGAAAACUCUCGGCCAACGCUCAGCUCUCAUCUCCCAUCAGAGAAUUCACACUGACGAGAAACCUGAUCACUGCAAUGAAUGUGGGAAAGCCUUUAGUGAUCACUCGUUCUUUAGUCAGCACCAGAGAUUCCACACUGGAGAGAAACCUUAUGAAUGGAACGAAUGUGGAAAGGCCUUCAGCUGGUCCUCAUCUCUCACCCUCCAUCAGAGAACUCAUACAGGAGAAAAUUCCUAUAAAUGCAAUGAAUGUGGGAAACUUUUUAACAAGAAACGCCUCCUUGUUCGACAUGAACGGAUUCAUUCUGGUGUGAAGCCCUAUGAAUGCACAGAGUGUGGGAAAUCCUUUAGUAAGAGCACAUACCUCCUUCAACACCACAUGGUCCACACUGGGGAGAAACCCUAUAAAUGCAUCGAAUGCGGGAAGGCCUUCAACCGCAGGUCACACCUUACACAACACCAGCGGAUUCACACUGGAGAGAAGCCUUACAAGUGCAGUGAAUGUGGAAAGGCCUUCACCCACCGCUCUACUUUUGUCUUGCAUAAUCGGAGCCACACAGGAGAAAAGCCCUUCGUGUGCAAAGAAUGUGGGAAGGCCUUUCGUGAUAGGCCAGGUUUCAUUCGACACUACAUGAUUCACAGUGGAGAGAAUCCCUAUGAGUGCUUUGAGUGUGGCAAGGCCUUCAAGCACAGGUCGUACCUCAUGUGGCACCAGCAAACUCACACUGGUGAAAAGCCCUAUGAAUGCAGUGAAUGUGGGAAAGCCUUCUGUGAGAGCGCAGCCCUCAUACAUCACUACAUUAUCCACACUGGGGAGAAGCCCUUUGAGUGCAUGGAGUGUGGGAAGGCCUUCAAUCACAGGUCAUACCUCAAGAGGCACCAGCGGAUUCACACUGGGGAGAAGCCCUAUGUGUGUAGUGAAUGUGGAAAGGCCUUCACCCAUUGCUCCACUUUUAUCUUGCAUAAAAGGGCCCAUACUGGAGAAAAACCAUUUGAGUGUAAAGAAUGUGGGAAAGCCUUUAGCAAUCGGGCAGACCUCAUCCGACACUACAGCAUCCACACAGGAGAGAAGCCAUAUGAGUGCAUUGAGUGUGGGAAGGCCUUCAGCCGCAGGUCAGGCCUCACAAGGCACCAGCGGAUUCACACUGGUGAGAAACCUUAUGAAUGCAUCAAGUGUGGAAAAACCUUUUGCUGGAGCACAAAUCUCAUUCGACACUCUGUCAUCCACACCGGAGAGAAGCCCUAUGAGUGUAGUGAAUGUGGAAAGGCCUUUAGUCGCAGCGCAUCCCUCACUCAGCACCAAAGGAGUCAUGCUGGGAGAAAUCCUAUCAGUGUAACAGAUGUGGGGAGACCUUUCACAAAUGGACAAACCUCAGUCAACUUCCAGCAAUUCCUACUAGGGAGUGACUUUUUGAAUGUAACCACUAAGGAAAAUCUUUGGCCAGAAGAAGCAUCUUACUCGGCAUCUGAUCAUUCAUAUCAAAGAGAGACUACGCAAGUGUCUUCCCUGUGAGAAAAGGUUCUGUAGCAAAUCAUCAUUUUUCACCUGAAGAGUCAUAUUACAAACGGACCCACCCUAGAGCCCUUUUCUACAUCUGAGAAUUCAUCCAGGAUAGAGACCCGUUGGUUAUUUUACGCAUAGGACAACUUUCAACCACAUCUUUCUCUUUAGUCUAUGUUGCAACAUUAUCUCAGGAAUUUCUUUAAAUGAAUUGGAAGUUGAGGAGAUAUAGAAAAGUAAAAGAAAUUCAAAUUCAGCUUUUUUUCCUAAACUUCCUAGUCAAAUCUAUGACAGUUUGUUAUUGAUUCCGUAUUUUACUUGGGGGAGGGAAGUGUUUCAGAGGCAAAGGCCCUCACCUCUUCAUGUGCUUUGUGUCUGUGUGUACAUACAUGUUCACUGCUGUCCACUGUCAGGAGAGUUAGAUAGUUGGGUGCCGGUCCAAAAACAUUUAUUGAAAGCCUUCUUUGUUCCACAACUUUGUCUCUACACUCAAGGAACGUAAAUCUUUUGUGAGAAAUUUGAAUGCUUGAAACUCAUAUAUAUGGAAAUAAGGAUAAACAUAUAAAUGGGCACAUUUUAUUGCACCAGUUAAGACUGUUUAAGGCCUUGAUUUUUAAGAAAUAAACCCUUCAUAUGGUUUAAAACACCUAACAUCCACACUCUUGAUUCUGAUCAAUUUGUUUUCUUGGUUAUUGUAGCUAAUUGGUAAAUCUUAAAACUGGUUAAAGUGAUUCCUCUUUAUUCUUAUUUAAAACUGAUUUAAGCAUCUCUAGUUCCUUUGAUUUUUCAUAUAAAUUUUAGAAUAAGGUGGUCUGUUUAUAGCAAAUUCUUGCUUGGAUUUUGAUAGAAUUUAAGUUACAUGUGUAGGUCAGUUACUAAGAAUUGGCAACUUUAUUAUGUUAUCUUCCAUUUACGUACAUAUGUCUCAGUUUGUUUAAAUGUUCAUUAUUAGUGUUUUUUAAUUUUUAGCAUAUAGAUCCUGUUCAAGUUUUGUUAGAUUUAUGUCUAGGUUUUGUUUUCUUCUUUUUUAGUGAUUAUAGGUGGUAUUGAUUUUUAAAAACUCUUUCUACAUGUUCUUUGGUAGUAUGCAGAAGUAUAGUUAAUUUUUGUAUUUCACAACCUUGCUGAACUCAGUUAUUCAGUCUAGACACUUUUGAUAGAAUCUUCAGUAUUUUCGAUGUAGAAAACCAUUUCAUCUGCAAAUAGAGACAGUCUUGUUUCUUCAUUUCCAGUGUAUAUAUAUCCUUUAUUUCCUUUUCCUGACUUAAUGCACUACCUAAGACUUCCAGUAUGAUGUUGAAUAGGAAGGGUGAGUGACAAAGGACAUCUUUGCCUUGUUCCUCAUAUUAGAAGGAACACAUUCAGAUUUUCACCAUUUAGUAUGAUGUUAGCUGUAGGUUUCUAAAAUAGACAUUCUUAGUUUAUACAGUUUCCCUCUAUUCCUAAUUUACCGAGACUCCUGUUAUGAAUGAGUGUUGAGUUUUGUGAAAUGCAUUUUCUCCAUCAAUUGAUAUGAUCAUGUGGUUUUACUUCUGUAGCCUGUUGACAUGGUGGCUUAUAUUGAGCUCUGAAUAUUGAACCAGCCCUUUAUCCUUUGAAUAAAGCCCCAUUUGGUUGUGGGGUAUAUUUCUUUUUAUAUGUUAUGAUAUUCCAUUUGCUAGCAUUUUGUUGAGCAAGUUUUUGUCUAAAUUCAUGAGCAAUAUUGGCCUAUAGUUUUUUUUUGUUUGCUUUUUAUUCCCUUUUUCUAGGUUUGGUGUGUGGGUAAUACUGACCUACCAAUGUGAGCUGGGAAGUGUUAUUGCCUCUUCCGUUUUCUGGAAGAGAUUGUGUAGUGCUGUGUAGUAUUGGUGUUACUUCUUUUAACGUUUGGUAGAAUCCUCCAGUGAAACCAUUUGAGGCUGGAAAUUUCUCUUGUGGAUGCUUUUUUACUAUCUAUUUUAUUUAAUAGGUAUAGAACUGUUCAGACUAUCCAUUUCAAAUUCAGUGAAGUUUGAUGGUUUGUCCUUUUCUGAGGAAUUGUUCGAUUUCAUCUAAAUUUUCUAAUUUAAUUUCAUAGAAUUGUUUGAAAUAUUCCCUUAGUAUCCUUUUGAUGGCAGCAAGGAUGAGUGUGUGUGUGCAUGUGUGUGUGUGUAUCCCAUUUUAUUCCUGAUAUUUGAAGUAUGUCAUCUUUUUAUUUUCAUCCAUGUUCUUAGAGAGUAACCAAUUUUAUUGACCAUUUCUGUUCUCAGUUUCAUUAAUUUCUGCUCUUCUACUUGCUUUGGUUUUAUUUUGCUCUUUCUAGUUUCUUGAAAUGAAUGCUUAGAUUUUUUAUUUUUUUUUUCUUUUCUAAUGUAAGCAUUUAAUGCUAUAAAUUUAACUCUUAAGCACUAUUUUAGCUCCAUCUCUGACAUGUUUACAUGUUUUAAUUACAUUUUCAUUCAGUUCUAAAUAUUUCUUCAUUCCUUUUUAGACUUCUUCUCUGGCCCAUGGAUUAUUUAGAAAUAUGUUCUUUAAUUUCCAAGUGUUUGCAUUAUUUCCUAUAAUCCUUCUGUUUUUGAUUUCUAGUCUGUUUCCUGUUUGAUCUGAUCACGUACUCUAUGAUUUCAAAAUGUUUGCGUUUUUUGAGGUUUGUUUUAUGACGCAGGAUAUGAUCUCUCUUGUUGACUGUUCCAUGGCUGUUUGAAAAGAAAUUAUAUUCUGCUGUUGUUGGGUAGAGUCUUCUAUAAAUGUCUAUGAGAGCCUCGUGGUUGAUGGUGUUACUCAGAUUUUCUAUAUCCUUGAUGAUUUCUGUUUAGUAUUUCUAUCAGUUACUGAGAGAGGGGUGUUGAAGUCCCCAGCUAUAAUUGUGGAAUUGUCUAUUCCUCCUUUUAUUUCUAUCAAUUUUUGCUUCACUUAUUUCAAAGCUCUGUUGUUUGGUGCAUACACAUUUCGGACUGCUGUGUCUUCUUGGUGUGUUGACCCUUUAAUGAUUAGAUAAUGUAUCUCUUUGCUCCUGUUCAAUUUCUUGGCUUCUGAAGUAUACUCCAGGUAUAUGGUAUUAACAUAGCCACUUCUGCAUUUUUAAAAAAUAUGUGCAUGGUUUAUCUUUUUACAUCCUUUUAUUUUCAGUCUACCUAUAUCUUUAUAUUUGUAGUAAAUUUCUUAUUAACAGAAUGCAUUCAGGUCAUAGUUUUUAUCCAUUCUGAAAAUUUCUGCCUUUUACUUGGUAUAUUUAGCUAUUUGCAUUUAAAUAUUUAUUGGUAUGUUUUGUUUGUUCCUCUGUCUCUUGUUCCUCUAUUUUUGUUUGUUUUGUUCUUUUGCCUUC